CGGCGGCGGCCCCAGCCCGGCCCAGCCUCGUCCUGCCCGGCCCGACCCCGGCCCGCCCGGCCGGCGCGCCGCGGCCCACUCCGUCCCGGCCCGGCGCCUCCCGAGGGAGCGGCGCCGCCGGCCGAGCGCAGGCCCGGCCAUGACCGACUUCAAAUUGGGCAUCGUGCGGCUCGGCCGGGUGGCAGGGAAGGAGCCGGCCCGCCGUGCAGCUGCACCAGCCGCGGACCUUACCCUGGAUGGGAACCCUGUUCCUAUCACCAGCGGCGGAAGCUUCUGGUGGGAGAGGAGCAGAGGCAGUCAGAUGAAGACCAAGUACACGCUGAUAGACGAGCAGGACAUCCCGCUGGUGGAGGGCUACUCCUUCGAGGCCCGGAUGGAAGUAGACGCAGAUGGAAACGGUGCUAAGAUAUUUGCAUAUGCCUUUGACAAAAACCGUGGUCGGGGCUCAGGGAGGCUCCUUCACGAGCUGCUGUGGGAGCGGCACAGGGGGGGCGUCGCGCCCGGGUUUCAGGUCGUGCAUCUCAACACUGUGACGGUGGACAACCGCCUGGACAACCUGCAGCUGGUGCCAUGGGGCUGGCGGCCCAAUGCCGAGGAGACCUCCAGCAAGCAGAGGGAGCAAAGCUUAUACUGGCUCGCAAUUCAGCAGCUUCCCACGGACCCCAUAGAAGAGCAGUUCCCUGUCCUGAACGUGACCCGGUACUAUAAUGCCAACGGGGACGUGGUGGAGGAGGAGGAGAAUUCCUGCACCUACUAUGAGUGCCACUAUCCCCCCUGCACCAUGAUCGAGAAGCAGCUCCGGGAGUUCAACAUCUGUGGGCGCUGCCAGGUGGCUCGAUACUGCGGCUCCCAGUGCCAGCAGAAGGACUGGCCUGCCCACAAGAAGCACUGUCGGGAGAGGAGACGAACCUUCCAGCACGAGCUCGAGCCAGAGCGGUGACCUCGCAGCAGGCGGCAGCGCGGCCCUUGUGCUCCCAGCUCGCUCCCAGGUCCUCCCUGGGCACAGCGGACAGACUGGUGGUUGGACCUGGGGGUGCUGAGGAAGCCAGCGACACGGCACCGCCACCAGAAGACCCUGGGCACAGGCACUGCGCAGCCAGCGCUCCCUGGGGUCUUAUCUCCAACGGGCAGUGGGAGCCUCCUGCCAGGACGCUUACUAUUUAUAUGUUCAUAUGUUUGUAAACUCA